AUGAUGAAGAUCACUAUUGCCGCCCUAGCACUUUUGGCCGUCGCCGUUGCAGCUUACGAGCAUGAGGACUACCAUUCACAUCCCAGCUACAAGUUCGAGUAUGGCGUGAAAGACCCGCACACCGGUGACCACAAGAGCCAGUGGGAACAUCGGGAUGGAGAUGUCGUCAAGGGAGCCUACACUCUGCAUGAGGCCGACGGAACUGAGCGUGUUGUGGAGUACUCGUCCGACAAGCACAACGGAUUCCAGGCUCAUGUGAAGCGUGUGGGUCAUGCUCAUCACCCGGAAGUCUAUGGACAUCAUGAGACUGGACACUCGUACGGAGGACACGGUCAUGGACAUGCCAGCAGCUACGCCAAUGGCAAUCUGUACCAGCACCAUCAUCCACAGCUCAAUCUACAUCCAACCAACCAACAAACCAAAGAACCUUCCAACAUGAUGAAGAUCGCCAUUGCCACCCUGGCCCUUUUGGCCGUCGCCGUUGCAGCUUACGAGCACGAGGACUACCAUUCGCAUCCCAGCUACAAGUUCGAGUAUGGUGUGAAGGACCCGCACACCGGAGAUCACAAGAGCCAGUGGGAACAUCGGGAUGGAGAUGUCGUCAAGGGAGCCUACACUCUGCAUGAGGCCGAUGGAACUGAGCGCGUUGUGGAGUACUCGUCCGACAAGCACAACGGAUUCCAGGCUCAUGUGAAGCGGGUGGGUCAUGCCCAUCACCCGGAAGUCUAUGGACACCAUGAGGGAGGACACUCGUACGGUGGACACGGUCAUGGACAUGCCAGCAGCUACGCCAACGGCAACCUGUUCCAGCACCAUCAUUAGGGAAAUGUUUAGAGAAAAGAAAAUAGGACUUGAAAA